GGCUUUGGGAUUAGCUCGCCGCCUAAGGAGAGCCGACAUGGGCUCUCGCUGCUUGACGCAAGAAAGUUGAAAUGUAAUAUCCGUUCUUGAAUCUUCAAGAAAAAAAAGAAAAGGGGCUUCCUCUUGGCAUGCAGACGCACACUUCGACCCCCCCUUCGUGUUUGUCUGUGCGCAAAGGUAAUAGCUGUGAGGUGACUCAGCAAAUGAGCAGUGUGUUGGAACUUUUAAGACUUUUCGAAAAAGCCACUCUGCCCUUUUGGGAGUGUGUCUAUGCUUGGCUAAAUCGCUCUCAGCACACAGGUUUGACAUCCCAUUGGCACCACCACACACACCUACAGGGUAGUUCCAGGUCCUGUCACACACCUGCAGUCUCGCACUCACACACACUUCUCUUUGCUUUCUCAAGUGGCAGCAGCAUUAUAGCACCCACCUCAUGCAUGCUCACAGAUUUCCUCCAUCUCCUGCUGCUGACACACCAUUAAAUGUUUCACACGGGAACGGUAAGUUCCCACCACUCUUAUUCUGGGGGAAUGGCCAUAAAUUAUCUAGUUUGCUGAAACUCUCCAGUUGAAUCCUGUCGGACCUUCAAUUAUUAAAAGAGUCAAAGUGGUGAAAGUGUAAAAAUAACUGGUGUUUAAUGGGGAUGUAUUGGAGUUGAGAUUAAUGGUGUUGGUCCUGGGAGGGAAGGCGUGCGGAGCUUUCCCGUCUGAGGGUGAGGUUGAUAUUAUGCAACCAUGAAAAACAAAAGAAGGGGUCAUCAAAGUGGAAGGUUGCGUAAUCAGGUUUUAGAAAUUUGGGUUUAGAUUUAAAAUUCUGAGUUUCCAGAUUGAAAUCGGACUUUUAAUCAAAACCAGGAAUGAAGUUCGAGUUCCCAAAAGAUGGUAGAGACUUCAAAGUUUGACAUUAAUGAGGAAUCCUGGGAUUCGGUUUAGAACUUCUGUCUGCUGGCAAAAUUUAGAGGAUAAAGUCAGAAAUUUAAUUUCAAAAUUUCUUUUCCAGUCAAAAGCAGAUGUAGUUACAUUUUUGAUCUCUUGAAAGACGGUAAGGUUUGUAAAGUUUGACAUUAACAUUGAAUCCUGAAUUUCAAGUUUGAGGACAAAAGUUUUGAAAUAAAGUCAAAUACCACCAUCAUGACUUUAACUUUAACUUUGGCUUCGUUCACACUGCAGGUUAUUUUUUUUGUUAAAUCCGAUCUUUUUGUCCGGUCGUUCACAUCACAAAAAUGAAUGCGGCAUCUAAUGUGAACGGAUUGCGUCCAUGAAGUGGCCCGCAUGCGCACAAAGCACAAAUUGCUUUCCGCGCCUGUUUGUGUUGUCGAACAAUGGUGACGUUUGUCGCAUAUUGAUGACGUAUAGGUCGGAUGAACGCGCCUGGGCGUCCACACUGCAGUCACAUCGGAUACAUAUCCGAUUUAUAUCCACAUACAAAUAAGGCCUGGGUCGGAUUUGAAUAAAUCUGAAUUGCACUGUUCACACUUACAUGAAAAAAUCAGAUAUGUGUCACAUAUGGUUAAAAAAUUGGAAUUGACCUGCAGUGUGAACAUAGCCUUCGUGUCUGUUAAGUUUCAACAGUUAUCAACAGCUCCACGGCAGUUAAUUCUUAUAUGCCUUGGUUGGCAAAAAUAUUGAUUUACAGACAAUAUUGAUUGAACAAUGAUUUAUUUGUACAUCUUUAAGAAAUGGCCCUUCAGAUUUCACUGUUGUUUUCAUCGCCAUAGCAAUGAAUUCUGAUCGGCCUGCUUGCGUCACUUUACAUUACAGACAUUAUCCUGCUUAUUUGAACAUCUGUAGAAGUGAAUUGGACUUUUACAGGAAUAUUUAUGUUGCGAUUUUUGUCGUUUUUACAACUUUAGACAUUGCCAUGAUGCAAGUAUCACAUACUGUGGCAUAGUUAAUGGAUUUCUAGUGCUAUUAUGAAUCCCCAAAACGACACUGUAAUACAUGGAGAACAAUAAAAGCUAAGUUGUAGUAAGCCAAGAGGCUAUUGAGAUGUGCCUCAUCGCAACUGCUAAGUGGAAAGCUUAUUUUGAGGUGUGUUGUUUGCCACUUUUGAUUCUUGCUGUCUCCAGAGUUUUGGGAAAUAAAGUCAGUAUUCCUGGUUAAAAAAACUUGGAUUAUUAAUGAAAUUAAAAGUAGCACAGGUUUGGUUACACCUGGUAUUUAAUUGGGACAUUUUAGGAUUAAGAUGAAUGGUGUCCGUCUUUGGAGCAACAGUGCGGGGUUUAAUGUUUAAUAAGCGUGUUUGGGAAUUCGUUAUUAUCUCUAUCUGGAAACAAAAGAAAGGAAACUUCAUGCUGUGCUCUCCACUUCCAAAAAGAUGAAAUGGUAUUUUGACGGCCCUGCAGACUGUACCAGGCUCUUCUUUCCUUUGCUGAGGCAAUAGGAAAUACUCCAGUGACAGCAUUGUUCAGGUUUCUCUCCUCCUCUCUCUCUCCUCCAGCACUUGACUUUACUCUGCUUUGAGGAAGAGAGGCAGAGAGAGAGAGAGAGGCAGAGAGAGAGAGAGAGAGGAGAGGAGAGAGGGGGGGUGGAGGAGUGGUGAUUGAGCGCAAAGGGGGCAGGACUUUUUCUCUCCGGGUCCUAUUAAGAGCAAACUUUGUGUUUUUGUUCUCCAAGUUCAGCUCAGUGCUCUCCAGUCUGCACACAGGUCCUCUCUGCUGCUCUUUUUCCUUUUCUAGUUUUUCCUGAAUGGUUUUGCUUUGCUCGCCUGUUGGUCACAACUGUGUGUGUUUUCAUGGGGGAUUUGGACACCGGGAGGAUGCGCUUUUUGGAGGAACAGUUACUCAAAGUUGUCUCUGCGGACAGUCUGGGGUGCUUUUAGUGGAUAUUUAGAUGGUUUUCGUGUUGGAAUGAACAAUGGUGCGGCUGCUUGCUGCUCUGGCCGAGGGCAUGCUCUGCUUUCGGCUACUGUUGCUGUGCGUCGUGGAGUUGGAGCUUGGAGCCGGGGUUUCUACUUUCCAGGGGUUUUAUCUUCCACCUGCGAACGGGUCGCUGCUCACACCUGCCCGGAGGACGGACGGGGUCGUGCGCACUAUUGACCGGAUUUACCACGGAGGAGGGAAGGUGGGCUACCUGGUGUACCUGGAUGACAGCCGGUUUCAGCUGGACAUGGAGCGGGACGAGUCCGUGCUGUCGCAUCACUUCAGUCCCCAGUAUGUGCUCGCGCUGAUGGGAGAGAGCCCUCCGCCUCUGAAACGGGACUGCGUGUACCGGGGGACUGUGGACUCCAACCCGGAGUCUCUGGCCGUCUUUAACCUCUGCGGUGGGGGUCUGGAGGGCUUCUUCGCGGUGAAACACACGCGCUACACCAUCACGCCAAUCAUCAGGGCAAAGGGACACGAGCACGACGCGCGCACCCUGCAGGAUAAGGACGCAGAGAGCGCGCUCCAUGUAUUCACGCGCGAGAGUUUCAGCUUUGAGGCGAUGCAUGAGGGCAGCGAGAGCUGCGGGACGCGAGACGCGCGUCGAGGACGCAGAGGUGCGCUGGGGAGACGCAGAAACAAGGGUCGCGGCAAGCAUGGAGCGGAGGAGGCGGAUGAGCACGGCGCACGGGGGAGGAGAUGGUGGAGCAAGUUCACCAAAGACGCCGCUCCGGAGCAUGGCGAGCGGCGCAAGAGGUCGGUGUCUCGCGCCAGGCACGUGGAGCUGCUGCUGGUGGCGGAUGACACAAUGGCUAAAAAGUACGGCAAGGACCUGAACCACUAUCUGCUAACACUGGCAUCCAUCGCCUCCAAGCUGUACGGGCACGCCAGCAUCGAGAACCCCAUCCGGCUGACGGUGGUGAAGGUUACCACGGUGACCGAGAAGGAGAAAGGGCUGGAGGUGUCCAAGAACGCGGCAGCGACUCUGAAGAGCUUCUGUAAGUGGCAGAACCAGCAGAACCCACUGGACGACGACCACCAGCACCACCACGACGCCGCCAUCCUCUUCACCAGGCAGGUAAACAAAAGUCCCCUCGCAUUUCCUAAGCACCUCCACCUGUUCACAGCGCGCAGGUCCGCCUCUCUUCCGUGGCAGGGGCGGAGGAGAGGCGGAACAGCGCCAAGACAGGUGUGACGUAACGGUUUGUUUUUAUUUUGGUCGUGCACGCGGUGGGCAGCAUGUUAGCCUCCAACGAAAUCAGUUUUUUGGCGGCAAAACAUGUUGGAAAAUAACAAUGAAUGCGAAAUUUUUUAAGUAAUAUUUUCCCGAUAACUUCUUGAAACGACAAAUAAAGGGGUUACUUUCGCCCCCUGUUAACCUUUUACCCGUAUCAUUAUCAUAUAUAGGUGGAUAUGGCAUAGCCUGCUUACCAUAUAGCUAUGGUGAGUAGAUAGUGCCAAUGACAGAUGACUGAUGUUAGGACAAAAGGUAGUCUAUGCCGAAGUCAGAGUCAUACUGUAUUGGGUUUCGAAGGGUUUCUAGAGAUCCACAAUGCCUGUAAGCGAAACGUCCCAACAAAAACAAUGCUUACAAAGUAUCUUUGAGCUAUCCCUGCAUUUGUAUGGAGGCAGAUACACCGAAAGCAAGUUUUUAAAUAGUGCGAUUCACGUGACUGCCUGCUCAAGUUGUAAGAAUGACUUAACUAGGGCAAGAAUUCCGUGUACGACCCGUGGACUUGACAUUGUAAUUAUCAUCAACAUAACAGGCUAAUAGUUAACGCUAGCAUGUUCUUUAACCUCGUAACAACAAGUCAGGUACAUUAGCCAAAGUGAUAAUUAGUAUUCAACUUUGAUUGAAAAGCAAGGUAACUUUAAACACAGUUUAACCAAACAAUAACAAGUGAACACACCAAGGCUAGAAGAUCGACUCACAAAACCAAACUAGUAGCACGUGAAUGUAGCAUAUUGUCAUAAAACUUGCUUACUGAGCAUGUCAUUGCAGUUGUCAUAAAGAAUGCCAACGCGGUACUCUGUACGCUGCCAUAAAGCAUGCCUACAAAGUACAUAAGUGCAUUGUUAAGUGUGUAUUUUUAGAGUUCAUACUGUUUUAAAACAUGCAUGUUUACAGGCUGGCCUUUAUUAGUGUUUUAAGUUACCUGAUUCUGUUUUGGGUUGUUUAUAUUUGCAAUGCUUUAGAGUGCAUAGACUAGUAACCCAAUUUUCCUUCAUGCCGAUAUUUAGCACAAGAACAGCUUGCUUACCAAUGAUUCCACUGGGGACAGCAACAUAUUCAUCAUCGUUGUCCCUUCCUGUCAUGUAAAAGUCACUCAUCUGUCUCCUUAGGUUAUUCGUGGCACUAUCCGCUCCCCAUAUAGUUCUUCCUCCUGUCUCUCCUCAUUCUUGCGUGCAGUGUCAGUCAAACACUCAUAAAACUAUAUUUCCUGCCUCUGGUGUUUUUCUAGGCAGGCUCCUUCUGUCUCCAGCCUCCACCAAACCCUCCCAAUCCCCAGACAGCCAAAAAACCUCGAAGUCUGUGUGAUCUGAUGCCCCCCCCCCCGCAGGAAAAACGCUUCCUGUAGUGGGAGUGGGUUUGAAAUCAUCAGCUGGGUUGCACUGUAGAAAUAUCUCCAAAAAGCUCCUCUUGAAACUGCAUCUAAUUAUGUAGUCCUCCAAGCCUUUCCCUCCCUCUCUCCCUCUUUCUCUCUCUCCCAUCAUUCCAGUCUGCACAUUUUUUCCCAGUUACUUCUCCAGCGUCUGUCAGCUGGGGUUGGGAGCUGUCAGAAAAACAAACAUAUCCACCCUGUGAGAGGCCGUGCGUUUACCGAGACCACACUCAUUUAGUCCUUCUCUCACCAUCCCUUUCUCUCUUUUCCUCUUCGCCUGUUUUUUAGCAAAGCCGCAGGCAGCAGCAGCAGAUCUACACGCUCAGUUUCACCUCCUCCGGGUGUGGCUUCACGGUGGUUAACAUGUCAUAUAGCUCACCUUGGAUUGCGGUUGUGUCGAACUCAUGCAGGGUCUUGUUGUAGCACGCAAGCGGCGGGAGUAUUACCUGGGAUCCCCUGGCGUCUGCAGCGAGUUGGCAGAGCAGACGGCAGCACAUACCUGAGGUCAGCUGGUUGGCAGGAAACCUCUUUACGGACCUGUGGUGCCGCUUCACCUGCAAGAGCAAGAGCGGAAGACGUGCCAUUCUGAAGUGUUUGGGUUUGGCAGGGUGGGUUAGGGUCAGGUGGGCAUGGAAAGAAGGCGUUGAGAUCUUAAGAACAGGAAGCAAGGGUCUUUAAAGACAGGAAACUUGUGAAUCAUGACAGGUGGUGAAGUUUAAAUUUUCUUCUUUCUACUUAGACUUAAACUCUAAUGAAAUAUUGAAUGUUGCCCGUCUUUGGCACUGCUUUAGUCACGUUAGCAGUACAUUUCUACCUCACCUGUUGCAGCACUUCAUUAUUUAAAAGCCUGUCUCCAUCCCUUCAUCCACACAUGUCUCACCUUCACUUUUUCCCACUGUAAAUGUUACCUGUCAUUAGCAGAAGCAGGUGAUCCCUCUCUGUUACACGGUGCAGACCCCUACGUCGCAGAUCCCUGACCUCAGUCUGUUGUGUCUCUGCAGGACAAACUACCUGCUAAUUCUGGUCGGCGUGCACGGUAAUGAGAACGGAGCUGGUGCAUGACCUCUUUACAGGGUAAAUAAGCCAAAACAAGCAGCCAAUGCCUUCAUUUAACUUUGACCUUUGGACCUUUUGACUAUUAAAGACCAAUUUCAGGAUUCUGAGAGCUUAAAUUGCUGUUACUUUACCAUGUCGGUCAUUAUAGCAGACAGAUAAGCAGGGCUUGUAUCCUAGCAACACAUUCCAUUGAGAGCCCUUUCUUUUUAAAGGGUGAUUCUCGUGUUUUUCAAGCCUGGACCCCAUCUUUACAUGUUUUGGAGUCUGAAAGACAAAUAGGUACAAAGCACACUUUGGAAGUGAUCCAGAUGGCGCCAUGAAACAGGCUGUAAUGGCUGCAACUUAAUCCUUUAGGGCAGAAGAUCCCAGUCAAAGUAAGUUCAUUGAAAGUGCUUCAUUUUGCCACUGACAGGCUCAGCAUGUUAUUGAAAGAGUCUGACAGCAUUAUGAAAAGGAUCCCCACUGAAAUGGAACUAUUGUUGAGGUAAUAAGAUGCUUUUUUUCACCAAGAUUGGCUGUUAUGUUGCUCUUUUUUUCUAAUUCGCAGAUAUUUUCAAACCCAUUUUGGCCGAUACUGAUCUCAGCAGCCUGCAGAAGCCUUAUCCCUCUCCAUGUUUAAGGCUGGUUAUCAAGAGUUAUGAUUUUCAGUUAUUAUCCUGUCGAGCUCCUUUACCUUUAGUUGCUCCCUGAAGAGUAAGUAGAGGCUGCUGAUAGGUUUUUGUUUCGCCUAUAAUUUCAUAAUGCUGAAAAUACCCUGCAUACUUAAAAGUAACUGAUGUUGCUACUUUUACAAGUUGAUCUUGCACUUUCAAAAAUGUAUAUGCAGUCAAAUGACCCUGAGCAUUGCAUCAUUUCUGUAUCUUAGCUAUGGGGAAAACUUGGCAUCUACAAGUCGAUUUGAACUGGCUCCUGUGAUGAUGUAAUGACAGGAGUGAUUUGCAUAAGCGAGCAUGUAAAAGCACCUCACUCCCACGCCUCAAGCAAUCGUGCUUCCUACUUCGCGAUUGUAACCAUGCCUCAGUGUUAAAUACAGCAACUAUUCUGUUGUUACUUGCAAAAACAAACAUAAACAUUUAGAGGACCAGCUGUUGUAGCUACAACUCUUGAUCAGUUGCCACCUCUAGAUAAGAGUCCAAUUCUGAAUGUCCUGGCAUGAGUUCUUGUUGAGGGUUCACCAUGCCUGUUUUGGGUUUUUUCCACCUCUGCAUUUGUCUGCAGUGGUCAGCACCCUCCACCAUCGGACAAUAUACUGGAAUCCAUUAACACGAGGCCUCAUUGUUGUAUCAUCCCUGCUCACUCAGACCAGACUUGCUACCAUGAAGAUGAUUUAACAGUCCUGGUAGUCUGUUUGUUGUGAUCGACUGAAACAAGCAAGCAAAUCCCAAACCUUUUGUACUUUUCAGACAAUUAGACCCCAAAUUUUGAGAAAUGGCUCCAGCGUUUUAAAAUACUGGCACCUCCAUUCAAGGUUUCAUCCAGCUGGAUCGCAGUUUUGGGGUUGAAGAGGCUACAUACAGUAUGUGGCAUGUUUUGAUGCUGUCAGCUCUAAAACACAAGGCUGUUUUGCCCUGUAAUUUCUCAGAACCACAUUUUCCUUAUGCCAUUAAUCAUUCUGCAGAAUCACGUGUCACAAAAAAACUCUCUAUACAAUGUGAAAAUUGCUCCGAUUCAGUCACUUUACAAACAGCAAUUACAGUUUCCAUUUGCGGGAUGCUCGCCAGGAAACAACUUGCUUUGGCUCAGGUGGUUCAUACUAUUGGUUGGAAAAGAAGAGAAGACAGUAAAAGAAGUAGGUUACGUGUUAAAUAAUUUCUUUGGGAUUACUUUGGAAAAUAAACCGUUCACUGAACUCAGUGGAAACUGAGCAGGGAACUGGAUCGUGAACUAGAACUGAAGUUCAUUGAAGACUUUGUGACAGUGAAGUCAGACCACUCCAUUGUUCCCUGAUGGAGGAGGUGGUGUUGGUGUGGAGGGGACUUGUCUCUUUGUGGUCAGGUCCAAUUACUCCAACACCCCAACACGGCAGUGAGCUGACCCAUGUGGCGGUGUCACCCUGUUCCACACAUACCAGCACCGGUACAAAACAACGGGCACAUUGAGGGGACUCAGGACGGUCCUGAGUGUGUAUCUGAGCAUGCUAUGCAUGGCUGUGUUGGCUUGUUGUGAGCUGGGACGGCAGACAAAGACCUACUGUAAGGUGGACAGAGGGAGCUGCAGGGAUAUGCAUGCUGGUUCUGAUGUAAGAGAAACUUUCUGGAGUAAAAGCUCAAAUUUCUAGAUUAAAACUGCUCACAGAUACCUCUAAUGCGACUGAAAUGCCAAUUUUUAAACCUUGAUUGAGGUCAUGCUACCAUCUCUUCACUCAGGCCAAACUUUUAAAUAUAAAUGCAAAAUACAGACUUACAGAUUUAUGUCCUUGUUUUUUCUCAUUUUACACUCAUGUUUUAGGUAUCAGGCUUACUACCUUGUCCCUAGGAGCAAUGCCUAGAUAUUUAAAUCCAUAGAUAUUAGAACUGAGUAUCAUUCAAGGAAUUGUCCUACGAUCUGGAAAGUCUUCAAAAGUCUAUAAAAGAAAAGCAAACAUCCACACUUAGGGCAUUUACAUAACAAAACCGAAUAAUGGCCUUACUCUGAUUAAGACCGGACAACUGGAGUGCCUGUCAACACCGGUGUUGUGCCCAAACGCGUUCAAUGAACAAUCGUUUAUGAACUCGCUUAUAUUUCGGGAGAACGUGAAUGUAUCGUUCUUUAUUUGGGUAUGAACGUGUUGAUGUUGUACGUGCUCAUUCUGGCGUCUGUGUGCCACAAGUGUGCCAGAUGUCCAGGUGGAACCCCAACUAAAACACACCGUAAACAGGCCUUAUAUUUAGCGAAAAGCCACCCAAUCUGGCAAUCGCAAGCAGCCAGUCUGUCGCUCCAAUAAAUACGUCAGUCGUCACAACUUCAGUAUCCAUGAUGGACGAGGAAGGUAGCACUAGCAGCAUGUGCAUGUGCGCCACGCCCCUGUAACACCAGAGAAAAGGAGUAGCGUGCAUCUCAUCUGCAGUCGCCCUUACAUCAUGUACGACAAAAACAACGCUGUACGAUGCUCCAUGUUCUUCCUCGAAAAUGCCCAGCAGCAGUUGUAGCCACUUCUGACAUCUGGUAUGGACCUGCUGUUGUUGUUGGGUCAACCGGAAACAGCGCCGCUGAAAAGACCCAUAUCGCCCCCUAGUUUUGGGGAGAAGGACACGUUCACGUCAAUAAUUCAAUUUUCUCAGCUGCAUCCAAUUAAGCUGUGCAUGUAAACGCACUGAAUGAUGUAGCCUGUUGGUUUGUCAGACUAUCUCAGCUGGUUUGAAGCUAUAAUUUGGACAUACUGUAUUGUCCAUUAUAUUUCAGAAAUCAGAAUUCGCUGUUUUUGGACUUUUAAAAAACAGGUUGGCAGAUGGUUCCUGUAGUGUGUGUAGGACAUGGUUGCAGUCUCAGUCUCGUCAUCCAUUGGUUUUUGGAGAGGCGUUUUAAAGCUAACAAAAGCGGUCAGCACCAUACUGGGAGAGCUGAGUCAACCCGACCCAAAGUCAGGUAAUCGAUUAAAAUAAAGACAAGUAAAAUGUGUCUUAAAGAAUGGUGGUAUCUCUCUGUACUUAAUGUUAUUUAUCAGCAGAAAAUACUCAACAGAUGAACUGACAGUAACAAUUACACUUUCCCAGAGAUGACGUGAGUUGAUAACAUCAUACUGUAUUAUCACCACAUGACUCCACUAAAAAUUGAUAAACCACAUCAGUUUGGGGACUUAUGUAACAGAGCCUGAUGUCAGAUCACACUGAUGUGGACUCGGCAUGUAAAUACACACAAUCCAUUCCCUCCACACGUGUUCAACACAUGCCCGUGUCACUUGACUUCCUGAUGUGAAUGUGGGAAUGUGCACAUGUGUACAGUCUGGGCUCUUCACCCAUCCUCUCCUCCUCCUCAGUGUUUGCAUGCGGCUCAACAUUAACGUGUACAUUUCCCAGCCCUCGCCCCCAUCACAGCUACUCCCUCUAUUUGUUUUUAACUGUUCCUGAUAUUUCACAUCCACUGGCACAUGUAGACAACCGGCAGACAGCUUUUGGAUCCAAGACCCUUGACCCCAGACACCACCCUCCCAACACAUAAAACUGGGCACAGACUAGUCCAGUCUGCCCGAAAACAACCCAUAAACCUUCCUCUCUUGACACCAUUACGCAUCGGGGAGAUCAAACUCGACUACAGAUUGUGAAUGGCAAAUCACAAACAUUUGGUAAUGAUGUAUGUAUCCUUAGAUGAUUGUAUAUUGGUGUUCCACAGGGAUCAGCACUGGGACCACUUUUGAUGUACGGGUUUGGCUGUACAUGACGAUAAACAGCUUCUUUCUACUGUGCCCAAUUGUGCAAAAAUGAAGCGAAAUACCCUGUAUCAUUUUGAAGUCAGAAUCUGUGCAGUUGGAUUCGGAUAGUGUUGCCCUGUCUGCCAAUCAAAACACACUUUUAAGUUAAAGAUAACAUGGCAGAGGUUUCUCAGAUUGCUAGAGUGUGUAGCAGAACAGAUUUAUGUGUUGUUGCUGGUGUGUUAGGGACACUUGCACUUGGACUUAUGGAAAGUUAAAUAGCUCAAGUGUUAGUGUCAGUAAGUAUCAUCUCACCACUUACCUAUUUCAUGAUAUUUGUCAACCAAGGGUGCUCUGACUAAUUUCCAGGUUGUGUAAACAAGAAUUAAACAAGUUAAGCACAAGGCAGGGAAAGCAGCAGCUAGGACCCCCUAGGAUGAAGCAUACGUAUCGCUUUUGUCAACAGGCACUAUACCCCAGUUUUUAUUGCAUGUGAUAUCAAACCAAAAGAAUCCCAGAAAAAUGAGUAUUUAGGAGAAAAUCCACAAGAUGAGAGCUAAAAAUAACCAACAAAAACAUGAUUGUGGAACUUUAUUUGGUGGGUGUUUUGAUUUUAAAGUUAGACUCAUGUUGUACUUGUUUACAUGGAGGAGGUAGACAUUAUGACCUUAAUAAGUAGUUCUGAUUUUCUACAGUCUGAGUCACACAGGUGGAAAAGUGAUUGACUCUCAGUUUCCGAAUCUCUGCAGCUUGCGUAGCUCAGAUUUGCUGAAGUACCUGCUGACAUGUAAAAGAGAAGGUGUUGAAAGCGACUUAGAAAUUAGUCUGUUUGACAACCUGUCAGUCUCCACUGAUCAGCUGUUAGCGGUCUGUCAGGUCAAUGUUUCAGGGCUGGUUUUUGUCCAAUUUGAUUUGCAGGUUGGUAGAAAUCUGUGUGUUUUUCUCCCGCAAAGGUAAACUUACUCUGAACUCCUGCAAGAGAGUGUGUGUGUGUGUGUGUGUGUGUCUGGGUCUGGGUCUGGCUGGCUGUUUGUUUAACGCAAGCUUUGGCUUAGAUUGCAAGUGAACCUGCAAAACACACAUACUCACACACACAUACACACACACACUCUGGUCUAAACGUCUCAUGACCUCUGUAGCCAGUUCUCCACCUGUUCUCUUGUUAUUUCUGCCAAUAUUUCUGUAACGUCUCAAGCAGCUUCUCUAUCCUUUCCCUCCGGCAUCUGAUUCCUGGACGUAUUUCUCCUCCCCUCUCUCUCUUCUAGAAUGAAAACAAAGAUGUGAGGAGACUCGGCGCAGCUACACCUGAGACGAAUUGUUUUCUUUUGUGUUGUUUAAUUUCCAGGAGGAGAUUCCCUUUCUUCUAUUUUCACCAUCUCGCAUCCUGUUAAAACAACGCGAGUCGUGUGUUUGAGAUGGAUGGGAACACAAACAGCUCUCAGCCUAAAGGGUGUGAGAGGAUAAAUAAAUGAAAAGAGAAGGAGGUGUAGAGAGAGUCGGGGUGGAAGAGUGUGGGAAAUGGGUAAAGAGAAACUUCUCUCCACGUUCUCACCGUGUAACUCAAAAUAAACACGUUUCCAAACUCGUCUGCAUAAGGACACACUUCAGCACAUUUUUUGCUUUUGCAGCCAUGCAUGCAGCAGCUUUGACUCCCCUUUUGUUUGCUUCUUGUGUGUGCAAAAGUUAAUUGACAGUGCAGGGACUCAUUAUCUGUUCAGCUUGUGUAUGUGUGCAUUUACGCAGUGCUAAUGCACUAUUAAAAGGCACCAUUAUACAUGUUAGCAUCCAUGUCGGCAAGUUUCUACCCACUAAAGUCAGUGCACUGUGUAAAAGUUAUUUAAAGCCCAUAUUUGGUUAAAUAUUGAAACUUUUUUUAAUCAUAUCAAAUUUGGAGCCUUCACUGACGUGGAAGCUCCCCAUUUGAGGAUGCAGUGACAAACCCUGUCCACAGAUAAUGGUUUUAUGAGUGAUUUACAGUCCAUGCGGUGACUUCCACUACAGAGUCAUGUCUGUUUUUGAUCUUGACAUUUGUCCCAUUUGUGCAGAAGUUUCUGAAGAUUCUCUAACGGGGCGCUCACACUAAGCGUGAGUAAAAUCAUCUACUCGCUUAAUUCGCGCGAAUCUAGAUGCAUGAAUGAAUAGUAUUUACUCGCUUCAUUCAUACGUCAACAGUAAUAUUAAUUGUAAUCCCUGCCAAUUCAACUGGCGGGAUCAAGAAAUAGACAAAGGUCUUUUUCAGUUUACCAGGUAUUCCAACCUCCUCACUCCCUUGCCUACAGGCGAGCUUCUUUUUAUUCCGGUUUCAGUAAUUGAAAGGAAAGGUAUCAUAUAAUUCAACACGAUCAGUUUGUCCUCCAUGUUAGAUAACAGUGAACAAACCAUAUGUUUUCAUACAUCAUACAUCACCCGGCAACCUUCUUGCUGAUUAGUUAUCACGAUGCGAAGUUGAGACAUUUUUAUCUCCCGCCUAAUUCGCGUCAUUCGCGCCGCCAGAGUAGUAGGAGCGUCUAAUUGCGUCUUUGCAUUGACUUUACAUGUAAUUCAUUCGCCCGAUUGAUUUUACUCAUGCUUGGUGUGUGGAGACAGUGUUUUAAGUGUUUUAAACAAGCCUCAUAGAUGAUGUUUUGAAUUGCUAAGCUAUUCGCUCACGCAGUCUCUCACAAAGUGGUGAGGAAUAAAGAGUGAUAAAGAGUAUUUUUAUCAACUUCAUACCCAACUUUUUAAAACUAUGAUUGUACAUAAGCUUUUACAGUUAGUGCUUUUGUGUGUGUGUGUGUGUGUGUGUGUGUGUGUGUGUGUGUGUGUGUGUGUGAGUGAGGUGGUCCUACCCAGUCAGUCAUGUGUGUGUGAGCUCCGAACACAAGACAGUCUGUUCCAAACUGGUCGGGCAAACACCCACCCCGGAGAGCUUCUCUCCCAGGACCCAGCAGGCCUGUCAGCACCACUUAACAUGACGAUUCAUCCUCACCAUAGGACAUGUGUGUGUGUGUGAGCGCGCGUGUGUGUACAUUUUUGGCUCUGCAUCCCUACAUAUUCAGUGUACUCGCACACGCACUCAGGCCCAUGUGCAGCUCUUUGGGCUCUAAUGUGACAGCAUGAUGACCUGAUUGAUCUCUGCACUCAGCGGGGUCGGGUGAGCGGAGCGCCCCGAGGCCUCCUCUGCAUGGACAUGUGUGGGAAUCCAAACAAAGAUCGAUACAGUGUACUCUGGCGCCCUGACAGGCAGACAGGGAGAUGGUUGAAGCAGAGGAAGGAAGUGGCUACUAAAAGCAGUGCAUGAAAAAAAAAUCAAAUGGGUCUGCAUUGAAUUAACAUAUCAAAAUCGCUAGACCCAGGAAGCAGGAGUCAGCCUGUGAAAACGUCAUUAUAUCCUCUGUAGCUUUGGUGAACUUUUUCAAAUCUAAAAAGUGAGUUUCUGCUGCAGGGAUAAUUAGCCUCGCAGGCCUGCUCAGACUUCUUGUGUAACAUUUCAGAUGAAAUAUAAAAACUCUAAAUCUUAAAAUGAAAAUUCAGAGUAGUCAUAAUGCUGAAAAUGUCCAUCUGUCCAUCAGAGCUAAAGCAGAUGCCUUAGAUUCAAACUAACACCUUCACACCUGAUUCAAAUGAUCAGCUCGUUAGUAAGCCAUUACAUAGCUUGAUAACGAGCUGAUCAUUUGAAUCAGGUGUGUUGGAGCAGGGAAACAUCCAAAACAUGCAGGACAGUGGGCCUCGAGGACUGGACUUGAGAACCACUGUACUAGACAAGCUGUGCCCAGCAGCAGCUUUUGUUUGUUUAUAAAGACCUGAUAUGACGAGAGGGUAGGGCCGGGCAAUAAAACAAUAACAAUUUCCCUCUAUAUCAAUAUAAAACACAGUCAAAAUGCUUUUUGAUGGUUUGCAUUCUGCCAUGUUUUGGUAGACGAUAGGGAUUGCCAAUGAAAAGGGGAGUUGCUUCGGGUCCGCUUCGCACUGAACCAAUCAUGCGCUGAAUAAAACCAAGUAGCAAACUACUGCGUAGUAUCAGGCUGCAGCUACACACAACCAUAGCCGACAGCACUGUCAGUGAGAAAAAAGAAAAUGAGUGCUACCCCCCGCAGAAAUGCAGAUGUAGAGUCAACAGAUGAUGACAUUGUCGACAACACUGGCAAGAAAUCAUCAGUGGUGUGGAGUUAUUUUGUUUUUUUUUUAGAUCGGACAUGAAGCAGAGUAAUGUGCACUGCGAAUUAUGUCGAGUACAUGUUCUCGCGAAGUUGGGGAAUACCUCAAAUCUUUUUUCACCCCUUGAAGCAGUGCCAGGCAGAAGAGCAUGCAAAAGGUGCAAAAGCUUACAAACCCCAAGCGGAGUAAGGAGCCCAUGGCGCCCAUGCAGCUGAAACAGCCAACCAUUCAGUCCGCUUUCUCUAGACACAAAGACCUCACAGAUGGAGUAGCUUAUUGUUUUGCAAAAGACAUGCUACCAAUAAGCACUGUUAAAUUUCCUUUUUUAUAUCGUGAUAUAUAUCGAUAUCGACUGAUAGAAAAAAAAUAUAUCAUGAUAAACUUUUUUCCAUAUCACCCAGCCCUACGGGAGGGUAUUUUAUCUUGGGGCUCUCUCACCUUUAACAUGUCAAAACAACUGAAUACAGUCUGCUGCCAUAAAAACACCAAUAGCGCUAAAUUCCUCACUCCCAGUUCUGAUUUUAACUCCCACCAUGUCCUCCCUCCAGGACCUCUGUGGCCACCACUCCUGCGACACCCUGGGUAUGGCCGACGUCGGCACCAUCUGCUCCCCGGAGAGAAGCUGCGCUGUCAUCGAGGAUGACGGACUUCACGCCGCAUUUACGGUGGCUCAUGAGAUAGGUAGGCAUGGAGACACAACGAUAAGAGCAGGCCAGGACGUGCACGUCUGUCAGCACAUUUCUCCUCCUGAUUAAUAUCAUGGGAGCUUUGUCUGAUGUCAUUCACCUGAUACCUGAGCGCUCGCAGUGUUUUCUUUUCUCAUUCUUGCUGUAUGUGCAAACUCCUAACAAGUCCCAUCAGUUCUCUCUGUUUCCAUCUCCUCACAGUUUGAACAUUGCGUCCUUUUCUUCUCCGUGUCUCAGGUCACCUGCUCGGUUUGUCCCACGACGACUCCAAGUUCUGCGAGGAGCGAUUCGGCGUAAACAGCGACAAGCGGCUCAUGUCCUCCAUCCUCACCUCGAUUGACGCCUCCAAACCGUGGAGCCGCUGCACCUCAGCCACCAUCACCGACUUCUUUGACGAUGGAAACGGUGAGCGUGGGAAAAAACACAACAAUAAAGAUCCACGCUGGUAUUUCUGCAAACGUCUGUGGUUCUCUCCACACUUUUCCCAGCCUGCAGAUAGUUUCAUUUUCUCCAACGCCAAAUUAAAACCAUGUGAAUUCACUUUGUUUUAGCUUUUCUCCCACAGCACCUAGCACUUAGAGCUGUUUACCCACAAACAAAGCUGUAAUCUGUGUUAACAGAGAGUCAUUUAGGAUCCUAUUAACUUCUUAAAGACUGUAGCUGCAGCGCGGCCAAAGACAGAUCACUGGCAGGAAACCAAGAUGAGUCAUUCUUUGAAUUCCUGCUCCAUCAAAUACUUUCAUUCAUUCGAGCCUGAAAGCAUUGUGGGAUGACAUUUUGUAAAAAAAAAUGCAUCACUCUCAGCAUAAAUCUCGUAGCAACUGCAAUUUCAAGCUGAUUUUUGCACAAUUAAACCCUGAAAUUGAGAUUUUAGGUCCUUACACACCGGGACGGUCAAUAUUUUUUUUCGAACCCGUAUCCUGUCAAUACAAGCGUUCACAUCAGCGACGUUUUCCCGUUCUGCGAUAUUGCAGCAUUUAUUUUUUCGGAUCAUGGUCGAUUUUUCUAAAGUUUCGCAUAUUGUGUGUCCACUUCUGACCAAUCAGAUUUCGUGUCGUUGCGACAUCAGAUUUACCAGUAUAUCCAACAUGGCCGACCGGCUGAUUUUUUAUGAUUGUUUACACACACAUUGCAAAGAUAACAACCUGAAGGACAACUUGGGGAGAGUCAUAGCAUCAGAUUUCUGAUAUGACGAUGUUUUGUGUGCUUUAACAGUUUUCUAAACGUCUUUGUUUUAACUUUCAUCUGUGCUAAUGUAAGCUAACGGUUGUUACCAUAGUUUCAUGUGCUUAUCUGGUACUGGCCCCGACUCAGUACAUGCUAUCAUGACAGAAAGCCAUCUCAACACUCGUGUCUAGUCCUCUGCCUCUUCAAACUUGGAGCUAAUUGUUUCAGCAGAACUUCAAAACUUCAAAUUGUCCAACGGACAUCCAGAAAAUAGGUUCUGAAGCGACCAUGGUACAGUUUCAGCUCCUGAACCAAGCAGUGAAACUCACCAAGUUCUCUUCUUUUUUGUAAUAUUGGAUGCACUCAUGUGCUACAUUUCUUUUUCUUUUGAGAAAGCAAAAGAAGUACCAAUUUGCCAUCACUUGAAGUUGAAGUAGACUCCAUUUUUGUCCUCUCACUUCCACCCGGGACGCUGUAGGUUGAUAAGGGGAAGGUCCCGCCCUCCUUCGCCUCUGGUUGGCUAUAAGUGUUGACCGUUAAAUCUGCAAAAUUUGAAGCUUUUUUAAGACUCUUUUCUCUGUCUGUCCUUUCACAGCUGAGUGUCUCCUAGACUCCCCUCGACAGCCUCUCCUGGGCCCCGAGGAGCUCCCAGGCCAGAGCUACGACGCCGUCCGCCAGUGUCGCCUCGCCUUUGGCCCCGAGUACACGGUCUGCCCCGGCAUGGACGUCUGUUCCCGCCUGUGGUGCGCCGUGAUCCGGCAGGGGCAGAUGGUGUGUCUGACCAAGAAACUGCCAGCUGUUGAGGGGACGCCCUGUGGGAAAGGACGCAUCUGCCUGCAGGGGAAGUGUGUGGACAAGACCAGGAAGAGACACUACUCGGUAAGAGAGCGCGGACUUCACCUUUUUGAAACCAGGGUCAAGUUCUUGCAACUCCCCCUACACAAGGAUAGUGUUUCUGUGUUUCUGAACUGGCUUGAUCGGUGCAUUUAAAAAAAAGGAUAAAAAGAUGGAACAGACAGAGACUUCAUUUCUAUCUCUUCUGAUCUCCUGGCCUUCUUUAAACAGAUCAAAAUUAAAUCAAGCCACAGCCAGCUGAAGUCCUGAGUCUCUUCUUGGCAGGAUAAGGGAAGAAGAAACAGGGAAACUCAGAACAAGAAAGGAUAUUUUCUGCGUUUAUUUGUCACAUGAUACUUGACAAGUCUGACUCGUUCCUUGGCGGAUGACUUUUACAUGUGGACCUGACCCAAGUGCUGACUGGCUUUAUAUUUGCUGCCUUGCAUGACGACCAGUUUACAGCUUGUAGCAACAAACCCCUCCAUUUGAGUGUCUUCAAACUCUCUCUAGAUUUCCUGCAGUUUGAAUGCAGAUGAUGUGUCUUACUUUGUGAAAAGAUGUACAGACUGAGGAAGUGAGCAGAAAGGUUUUUUUCCGUUUUGGUUUUUGUCUCAUAAAAUGUUCCUCUGUGGUCAUUUUUAUCACAGCUAAGAUUUACCAGUGGUGGUGAAAACACAAAAAUAAGCACAUUUCUGUAAAAAUUAAACUUCAGCAGAGUCUGAGGGGAAACAUGUGAGCUGUUGGAUCAGAUGUCCGGUCAUGCUGUCUUAAUAAAAGGCUUUAUCAUAUCAGAAUAGCCUCCUUCCUGUAAUUCUUAUCUCCUCUUUUAUCGUCUCCAGGCGUCCAACCACGGCAGCUGGAGUUCCUGGGGUCCUUGGGGGGCAUGCUCCAGGACUUGUGGAGGCGGCGUGCAGUUUGCCAAUCGCUUAUGCAACAACCCGCCGCCGCGGAAUAACGGGCGCUACUGCAUAGGGAAGAGAGCCAUCUAUCGGUCCUGCAACGUCACACCAUGCCCAGCAUCAAGUGAGUGAGACAACCGAUAAAGGACUUCUAUUUUGUGAAGGUCAGAUAGAGCUCUAAUUAAAAAAAAAACUCUUUCUGAAUCUUCUCCUCAGAUAAGAGUUUCCGUCAGGAGCAAUGCGAGGUGCGUAACGGCCCCCAGACCGAUCCUAAAGGGGUGAAAACCUUUGUUGAGUGGGUGCCGAAGUACGCAGGAGUGCUGCCGAAAGAUGUGUGCAAGCUGACCUGCAGAGCCAAAGGAACAGGAUACUACGUGGUGUUCUCACAGAGGGUGGGUAAUUAAAUUUAAGGUGCGGUGUACUGACUGUAAAAAAAACCCUGAAAGAUGACGUGAUUGCGGCUGUUUUUCUGCAGGUGGUAGACGGGACUGAGUGUCGACCCUACAGCAGCUCAGUGUGCGUUAAAGGGAAAUGUAUACGGACAGGAUGUGACGGCAUCAUUGGCUCCAAGCUCCAGUUUGACAAGUGCGGUAUAUGUGGAGGUGACAGCACUGGGUGUAUACGGGUUGUGGGCAACUUCACCAAGAAGAGGUAAGGAAAAGGGGAAAUUUAGUCCGUGCAUUACACUGUAUGUGACACCUUUAUGCGAAUAUAUAUAUACGUUUAAAGGAUCAGUUUUGUGCUAAAAAGACAAAUUUGGAGAGAAGUAAUGUUCACUGGAAAAAACCUCAAGGCUCAAACAGGCUGCAUGUCAGCAAGUCUCUGGAUGUUUGGCAUGCCUAAAGUAAUUCGAAUCUGUGAGCUGUGCUCCUUUGUAUUUUAGAGGAAAGUGGGACAACACUGAUUAAAUAUUUGGUGGACUUUAUAAUAUGCUUUGAUCUUUUUCAUGGGGUAACAUCACUGAAAUUUCAGUGACUGUGAUUGGUCUGAUACUGUGUCAACAUUCAAUGGAAUUAAAUGUGUAAAAGGCACAAAAACCUGGUUCUUAGGUGUCUGUCUCCUCUUGGACAUACACAAGGUUGUGUCUGAAAUAUCUCUUUAAAAUAGGGUUCGGUAAAGAAAGUUGGGACUUGUCGGUCUUGAAGCUUAUUAUGAAGGACCUACUCCCUAAGCCAGUAAAUCAAAUCCAUGAAAACACCAAAGAAAACACUGUUUUUUGCACUAAUCUGACCUCUUUUUUUCAUCCCAAACAGUAAAGGCUACACGGAUGUAGUGAAAAUCCCUGCAGGCUCCACCCACAUCAAGGUUCGUCAGCACAAGGCCAAGGACCAGACCCGCUACACCGCCUAUCUGGCCCUCCGACGGCCCAAUGGCGAUUAUCUCCUAAAUGGCAAAUUCAUGAUCUCUACCUCUGAGACAAUCAUCCCGCUCAACGGUUCUGUGCUCAACUACAGUGGCUGGAGCCAAAAGGACGAAUGGCUUCACAGUAUGGGUCCUGGUGCCAUCCAAGAAGCCUUGGUGGUCCAGAUCCUAGCUACAGAUGCCAAAAAGCCCCUGGAUGUUCGUUAUAGCUUCUACAUGCUCCGCCGGACAACCCCACAGCAGCCGUCAGCCCCGCUAAUCCCAAACUCAAAGUCAAUCCCUGUACAGAUCCCUACAACAGUCUCUACCACCACAAGAACCACAUCUACCACCAGCAGUACCACUACAACCUCCCCAGUCCCCCCUAUCCUGAUCCCAGGGCCACCUGCAGGUCCAAUUCUCUCCACCCCAAGCCCAGGACCUCAGUGGGUAACGGGAUCCUGGAUGACUUGUUCUAGAACUUGUGACACAGGCUGGCAGAGUCGGACAGUUCAGUGCAAGGACCCAGACGGGAAACUGUCCAAGGGUUGCACACUUGGUGCCCGACCUUCUGCCUUUAAACACUGUCUGGUGAAAAAAUGUUGAGCUGACUGGAGCAGAGAAGGGACUUGUCAGACGAGGAACAGUUUAUAGGAAGGAGUACAAUCUGUACCUCUGAUAAAGGUCUCAAGUGCUGGAUGUAGGACUAUGGACCAGUGACUUUAAGGACAAUGAAUGUUGGCUUAAAGCGCCUUGACCUGAUGCAAGAGACCUAGAGACUUAUUGGCAUGGUACCUGGCCAUACGCCAGAGGAAUGUCCUGGAAUCACAAGAGCUAUGCAAGUAGGACAGAUGGCAGUUCCCGUCUGAUAGUGACGAGUCUGGCCCUGGCAUAGCUGAGGACUUUCAUGCAUGUCACUUCCACACGGACAGUCACUGAUUGUCUUUACUUCAGUCUCCAAGUUCUGGAGACUCAGUAUGUGUUGCCCUGUAAUGGCAUGUGUGUUGUGUGUGUUUUUUUUUACAAUACUCCAUAUGUUUCAAUCACUGUGGGGAUUCGGAAGUUGUAUCCCUUUGUCUUUCAUCGUGAGUUUGUCCGAGACAAGAGCCCCAAUGAUGGGAAGCACUCAAUAUCUACGUUGUCCUUAUUUUGUCGUUGUUGUAGCCCUGAUCCACCGCUGUCCCUCUGCAGUCUUACACCUUUGUUGCCAUCUCCCAAAACACUGAACGCCCAAGAUUGGGAUCCUAUGAUGUAAAAUACAGUAACUCGUUUGUUGUAAAUUGGCGAUGUACCUGGACCAGGUCCUUACACAGAAUCAACCUCAUGGACAUACACAAACAGGUUGUUAGGAGUUCUUGGGGUGUCAGUCGCCCCCACCAGUGUUCUCAACUUACCGACCCCUCUUUAUCUUGUGUCGACUGAUCUGUCUACCAGAAUACCAGAAUCAGGUUCUUGAGGUGUUGGGGAAGUCACCUGUGGAGUGCGGAAACAGCAGCACUGUUUGACCAUAUUUGAAGGGAGCCUUCUGGGACACAAGGGCAAAGUAACCACGACACUCCUUACUCAUUGUGGAGGUCAAUUAUGACUCGAACGUUUGGGGAUAUGCUUGAUUUUUUUUUUUAUGUGUGUGAGUGUAAUGUGCGUGAGUGUUUUUGUGUGCAUGCUAAGUGCUAGCACAUCCAUGUACCCAGGCCUGUGUUUGAAGCACAUACAGUAUGUACUGUGAUCUCAAUGCUUCCUCACUCUCAGUUCCAUUUAUAUCAAUCAUUAUGCUGGUGCUGGGAGGUUUACAGUCCCCACGUUGUUCUUGUGGCAGUAAAUAUCUGUUUGUUUGUUUGUCUAUCUGUUUAAGAAGCAAUGCUAAUAUGACAAUGUGUGCCCUGGAUACUCGCAACGACAGCAAGAGCGACACUAAUGCAACCAUUAAUGUCCUUUUGCAAUUCAACUCUUUCUCCAUUGUCUGUUUAUCUCAUUCACAUCCUGUAUUUGCAAAUUAUUGGUAAACCUGUUAGCACUCUGAUUUAGCCAUUUUACAACAAUUCAGAUUUUGCCACACAAGAGAUUAAUUUAAAGGGACAGUACACCAAAAUUACUGUAAAAUACAUAUUGCAUGUAUUACAUCUUUGUGAGCAAGUUUUCUUUAAUACACCUACCAUUGCCAGAGAUUAAAAAUAGAAUUUGAGUUUCCCAUCACUUCGAAAACUGCAUUAUUGCAGAUAUACCUGUUAAACUAUUGUAAGGAACAACAAAAAACUGGACUUUUAGACAAUUGUGAGUUAAAUGCAUAUUGUUUAAAAUGUGUCAAAUGUGCAAUUGUACCUUAAAUAUCCUGAAAAAUCAUCUCGGUUAUUUUAAUUACAAACAUAAUGGACUACUUCCUGUAGCAGCUAUCAGUAUCUGGAUCCUGCCCAGUUUCCUUGUGUGGCAAACCUCAGACAUUUAGCACAUGUGCAUGCGAAAACUCAACAUGAAAAGUUUUCAGGUCAACAAACCACUUUGAAAAUGCUCUAUUUCCUCUUCCUCACACAUUCACAUUUAUUUAGACCAUAUAAACAUUUUAUGCAAGUACUAGGUCUUUCAUAUAUGUGUUAGUAGUCAACCAUAUUUACACAGACACGUACACACAUCAAUGAAACAAUCCAUCGUUUGCACAGUAUUUGAGUAUUUGGGACUCCCACACACACUUACACACACUAUACAUGCCAACACACACGUACACACACACACACACACACACUCACAAACCUUCUCUGAAUCUUCCAGUGGGGAAACCCGUCUCGCUGAACAACAGAAAAACACAGCACUGAACUUGUAAUUUAUUGUUUGUACAACUGGUAUGUGUGAAUAAAGAAACAAUGAGAUGAGUUUUAUUUAUUAUAGUAAUUUUGUAUCAAAUUACUAUUUAACUUAGGAAUAUGACUGUGCAGAUGCAUUCCUAUGUAAGAAUAUAGUGUUUUUUCUAGUCAUCCACAUGAAUAUAUGUACAUAAAAUCUAUAUAUUUAAAUACCUUUGUGUCUGUGUCAUUAAUUGUGUACUGAAAUUCAUAUUUUAGCUUAAAAUGUUGCAAAAAAAGUCAGUACACAUCCUCACACUUUCAGUUCUUGGUGGUGGUCUAUGUACGAGUCUGAAAUGUAGCAGGUGAGGCAAGAACAAGGACCAGGAAAUUAUCAAUAAAUUCUGAAUAAUAUGCUGAAAUAAUGUCAGUAAAGACAUACAAAGAGAGCUCCUACAGUUAGGAUUCCACCAGCCAGGUUAACAUCCACCUGCAUGUGUCACUCGACAAGAUCCUGUCUGUGAUAUGUGUUUGUUUAUGUUCAGGUGGAUUAGCAUUGUAGCAUUAAUAAGGAUUCAUAACUGGAGCUACAGCCAAACAAUCUCAUGUGACUGUUAUUGUUAUUUAUUGUCCAUAUUCUACAUAGAAAUUGAACAAACAGGGCUGUUUCUUUAGCUCCUUGUUGACACCUACCCUCUCACACUGAUUUCAGGCAGCAAUAAGCAGCAGUGUGACAGGAAAAUAAAAGUUGCAUUAGGUUAAUUUAAAAGAGAAAACAGGGAUAGAAUGGCCUUAAGUUUCUCUCUGUGAAUGUUCAAAUCAAACCAGGCCCAAACACAUGAUACAAAGUCUUUUUUUAACUAAGUGAUGCAAAACAGAACAUGACAGGUGAGGGACGACAAACUAAAAAACAGAUAUGGGGAAGACGAGACAAGAUGGACAUAAGCUAGGAUAUCAGUUUAACUUUGUGUGUGCGUGUGUGUGUGUGUCUGUGUGUGAGAAAGAGAGAAAUAGAGAGUGAGUGAGUGUGUGUAAAAUGAGUGUAAAAUGAUAAUACUAACUAAUAAAAGUAAAAAGAAAAAUGCGGCAGAACAAAGGGACAAAGCAA